AUGCCUGGAAUAUUAUAUACUUGUAUAUUUCUUCUCAUUGUAUCUGCCUAUGGUCAACAAAAUCAGACCGAGUCUCCCCAGGAGUGCGUGGUACGCGAAGGUGCCACAUUCGAAUUUAACAAUGCCUCAUUUGGCGAAGCCCCUCUAAAAACACUCGUCUCUACUUGUUUGGAAGAAACUGAACAAAUUCUAGUGAGUGAAAUUAAUAGUGUUUUUAACCAAGCACAAAAUUUCAGGAGGCGACGAAACAAAAGAUCCUUUGUUCGCAGACGGCAUUGGAAAGACCGAGGUUUUGCAAAAGGAAGAAUGCAACAUAAUUCAAAACGAACCGGGUCAAAGGAGCUUGUUAUGUCAGCAAACUGUCAUCAACAAUUCACGUCCAUUCGGGUCCUUCGAUAUCCUGGUUCUUUUGCUGACCUGGAAAUACAGAAGAAAAGGACCAACCUCUCUGGUCAUGAAUCCACUGGAAGGGAUCUUAGGACAUCUCGACGAAGGAGUCUCCAAAAAAGGUUGAUUAAGGAGAAAAGAAGAAUGAGAGUCGCCGGAUCUGUAAAACGUAAAUCAGGCAGACGACGAGGUAGAACAACGCAAAGACAAACCGCGUCAUUCAGGGCAAGCAAACUCGACAACGGUAGUGAAGCGCAAUCUUCUUUUCGCGUUCUUUCCCGAAAUGUUGACACUCGUAGAGCAAUAACAACAAGACGAAGAAGCAGACGACUGAUGACUGGGAGACGAGUUCGACUUCAGCUCAGAAUUAAAGGAGGAAAAGCAUCUGCAGCCGUAAAUAGCUUCACAAGAAGAAGACGCACAGGGAAACAGAGAAAUUCUCUGCGUGCCUCAAGAAGCAGAGGAAAAAAGAAAUCAUUGGCCAGAAGAGGAGAUAGAAGGCAAAGGAAGUCGAAAAAGAAUACCAGAAAGGGAAAUAUUCAGAUUCGGAGUAACAGGCAAAGCAAUAUAAAGCGUUAUUCGGCUGAAUCCAAAUUACUACGUAAACAUUCUUCAAGUUCAAAGCGUAAGAAAUCAAAAAGAAGACAGCACAUAUCAUUACCAAGGAUUUCAAACCAAAGAUUUGAAACCGCUACUACUGGUGUCGUCACGGAAAAGGAGUUACAGGUCUCAAACAAUAUUAAUACAUUUUAUCAGAACAAUGUCAACAAAGGCAGCACGCGAUCUAAAAAUCGAAAACGGCGCCGAAAACAAGUGCUCAGACGACGAAGAAAUAGGAUACGCCAUGCUGAAAUACCAACAAAUGAAAAUCGAAAAAAUCUAGAUCUCGUAAAAUUAGGCGAUAAAUUUGUUGAAAGAAAUAACAUUUUUCAUCUAUAUCUACCGGCAAGCCGGGAAUCCAUCAAAAGAUUUCCUUAUCAGAAAAACAGGGAUAACUUCAAUGGCGUUCAUGAUGAUGUUAAGGGAUAUGCUGAGCUAAUCAAGCAAACUGGAGCGGAGAUCACAAUUGCUAAAGAAAGUAAAAGAAGUGGACCAUUUGCGGAAGCCAGUGGACAUAUUCUUGGAAUUCUGGGAUUGUCACUCUGGAUGACGUCACGAUCAACUUCCUCUUAAAACACUCUCACAGAAGAAUAAUGUUAAUAUUUAGAUUUUAUUUUUCUCUGAAUUUCAGGGGAACACAUUUUAUUUCUGGGGUAUCACUAUAAUUCUGAUUAUGAUAUGUACAUGUGUAGUUAUACUUACUUCUAUAUAAAAUUCCACUUGCAAGAAA